AUGAAAUUCCCCUCACCAACAAAACUCUGGCGAGUUCUGGUACACCAGAUAUCGAGUCACAUGUCAGCCCCUUCAUUUCUCCUACUUCAUCAUUUGUAUUUUCUGUCAAUCAUUUUUGUCUGUUCUAUUGCCUUUUGGCUAUUUUCUCGACCUCAUGACAGCGUUCCAUUCAUCGACUGUUUGUUUGUCGUUAUCUCAUCACUUACGUCGACCGGCCUGACCACUCGGAAUUUGAGCACCUUCAAUACUGCCCAGCAGGCUUUGAUAUGGCUGUUGAUAGUAUUCGGAAGCCCAACGUUUAUCAGCGUGUCUGUCGUUUGGAUUAGAAGGCGUGCCUUUGAGUCCAAGUUCGCGACCGUUAUUCAUGGCAAGCAACAUAGAGAAGAUCCCGUUCAAUAUAACCCAGCGCCAGCCCCCUCGCCUGCUACCACUAGCAUUCAAGAAUUCAUUUCUAUCCCAUACUCUGACCCUAUCGUAAAAGAGGAGGCAAAAGAGUCAUCGACUACAAUCGGCCACGACUCGUCUGCUGAGCUGAAAAGUCAGCAUGCUCCUAACGUCGUGUCGAAUCCGCUUCCGGGGAAUUUUGUCUUGGAAUAUUCGGAUUUUAACAGUGGUUCACCGACUUUAAAAUCAAAGGCCUCUACAGGCUCCUUUCUUGGCGUCGUCAAAGUCUUUGGGAAUGCCAUGGUAGGACGAAACUCACAAUUCUACGGCUUGACUCGCGAAGAACGAGAACAGCUUGGCUGUAUCGAAUACAAAGCCCUAAAGUUACUGAGCUAUCUAGUUCCUGCAUAUUUACUUACCUUCCAAGUGGUUGGAUCGAUUGUAUUGGGGUCGUUCAUCUCAGUUCAUCAAAGUAGUCUCGCUUACGACAAUGGUUCGACACCUUGGUGGCUUGGUGUGUUUCUCGGAGUGUCCGCCUUCAAUAACACUGGAAUGUCUCUACUAGAUCUUUCUAUGAUUCCAUUUGGAACAUCUUAUUACGUUCUUUUGACUGUCGCUUUCCUAACCCUCGCAGGCAAUACAGCGUGA